AGCCACAUGAUCAUUAUUUUGCAAGGGGAACAUAACAAGUAAUUCUAAUACCUUUAAUCUUGCUAAAGAGUAACUAAAGUUAUUCAAUGUAACUUUUUCAAUGGAAAAUUACCAACUAAAUCUUCUUUAACGUCAUAUCUGAAUCAAAAGCUUUUCAGAACUAAGAAAUAUCAAGAUUUAAAUAAUAAAUACCUUGGAACACUCAGAAGAACAACAUGGGAGAAACUGAGAAAAUUGAAAUCCAUAGAAUAAGAUGUCUUUCCAAGUUGAAGAUGUUUCUGCUGGCAAUAACAUGUGCAUUUGUUUCCAAAACACUAUCUGGAUCUUAUAUGAACUCCAUGCUCACACAAAUAGAGAGACAAUUCAACAUCCCGACAUCUCUAGUUGGAUUUAUUAAUGGGAGCUUUGAGAUUGGAAAUCUUUUUUUGAUUAUAUUUGUGAGUUACUUUGGAUCCAAAUUGCAUAGACCUAUAAUGAUUGGUGUUGGAUGUGUGGUUAUGGGCCUAGGAUGUUUUUUACAAUCUCUACCUCAUUUCCUCAUGGACCGAUAUGAAUAUGAAUCUACAGUUUCACUCAAUUUGUCCUCAACCAGUUUUUUGUGUACAGAAAACGGAACCCAGAUUUUCAGACCAACAGAAGAUCCAUCAGAAUAUGUGAAGGAAGUUAAGUCAUUAAUGUGGGUGUAUGUACUAGUAGGAAAUAUGAUUCGUGGAAUUGGUGAAACUCCCAUCAUGCCUUUGGGUAUUUCCUACAUAGAAGAUUUUGCCAAAUCUGAAAACUCUCCUUUAUAUAUUGGGUUUAUAGAAACAGGAGCUAUCAUUGGUCCUUUGUUUGGACUUUUGUUAUCCUCAUUAUGUGCAAAUAUUUAUGUUGACACUGGAUCUGUAAACACAGCUGAUCUGACCAUAACUCCCACUGAUACUCGUUGGGUUGGUGCAUGGUGGCUUGGCCUUUUGAUUUGUGCAGGGGUGAAUGUGCUCACUGCCAUUCCUUUUUUCUUUUUGCCCAAAACACCUGCAAUGGAAGGAAUGGAAGGACUAAAGGAUAAUGCUGAGAUCAUUAAAAACGACAAAGAAGAGAAACAAAGAGAAAAGAUCAAGAAGGAAAAUGAUAGGAUCACUAAAGAUUUUGUACCAUUCAUGAAAAGUCUUUUUUGCAACCCAAUUUACAUGCUUUUCAUACUAGUAAGUGUGAUACAAUUUAAUGCAUUUGUUAGUAUGAUAUUCUUCAUGCCUAAAUAUCUGGAACAGCAAUAUGGAAAAUCAACUUCAGAAGCAGUCUUUCUAAUUGGUAUUUAUAACUUACCUCCAGUAUGCAUUGGAUAUAUAGUUGGUGGUUUAAUUAUGAAGAAGUUCAAGAUUACUAUCAAACAAGCUGCCUACAUAGGAUUUUGGUUAUCUUUAAUUGACUUUCUUCUCUAUUUUUGGAGUUUUUUCAUGAUCUGUGAUAAUUCUUCAGUUGCAGGCAUAACCACUUCUUAUGAAGGAAUGCAGCAAGAUUUAUAUGUUGGAAAUGCCAUUCUUGCUGACUGCAAUAUGGAUUGCAACUGUCCAACUAAAACAUGGGACCCUGUGUGUGGAAGCAAUGGUUUGUCAUAUAUGUCAGCUUGUCUUGCUGGUUGUGAGACAUUUGUUGGAACAGGAAUAAACAUGGUGUUGCACAACUGUAGCUGUAUUCAAACAUCAGGAAAUUCAUCUGCAGUUCUUGGGCUGUGUGGCAAAGGACGUGACUGCUCCAUGAUGCUCCAGUACUUUUUAAUCUUGUCGAUGAUCAGCAGUUUUGUUUAUUCUUUAUCUGCCAUACCUGGAUAUAUGGUUCUCCUGAGGUGUGUCAAACCUGAAGAAAAGUCUCUUGGUGUGGGAUUACAUGCAUUUUCCACAAGAGUAUUUGCUGGAAUUCCUGCACCUAUAUAUUUUGGUGCUUUAAUAGACUCUACAUGUUUACACUGGGCAACUUUGAAAUCUGGUGAGUCAGGAGCAUGCAGGAUAUAUGAUUCCACCAACUUCAGAUACAUCUACCUCGGAUUGCCAGCAGCACUAAGAGGAUCAAGCUUUAUUCCAGCCAUUUUGAUCCUAAUUAUUUUGAGGAAGUAUCAUCCACCUGGUGAAAGUACCUCUUCAGGAACUGCACAUGUAGAGGGAAAGAUUACAGGGAAGGAAAAUGAAUGCCAAGAAAUGGACCAACUUUCCAAAAUUUUGAACGAUAAUGAAUUGAAAACUAAACUGUAAUGGCCUAUUAUAUCAUGCUUCAGAGUUGGAGAACACCCUACAACUUAAUUGUUUUUAAAAAUCAAUAGAGGUACUGCAGAUAACUUUUUCUUGACUUUAAGAACCUCACAAUUUUUUUUUUCACUCAAGAUAAAAAAAAGUUCACUGAUGGUAUUUCUGAGGCAUCAUGGCAUUUGAGGUUUUCCUCAGAGGACAUUUAUAACAAUCCUCAAAACAGGAUAUUAUUUUUACAUUAAAACAGCAAUUUCUCUUUUAACUCAUGCACAAUAAGAGUAUAUCUCCCAGGUCUUUUUUUUAAUGAUUCUAAAAAUUUCCUGUUAUGAAAAUCUAUGUAAUUCCAUUGCAUUUCUGCUUUGAUAUUGGGAUUAGAGACAGAAAUUGUCAUCCUGCUUAUGUGAAUAAGUAUUUAAAUUGAUUACUUCCACGUAAAAGAAGCCUAUGUCUUCUAUUUUAUUUAGAAAUUGUUCUUUAACUCCUCCUAUUCAUUCUAGACAUGACUCUGAAAAUAGAUUACUCACUAAUAUGCCAUCACUUGCUUUCAAUUAAUUCUCUGCCUUAUUACUCAUGUUAUAUGUUUGCUCAUUUUGUUCAGAGUACUGAAAAACUUAAUAAGGUUAUUAAAAAUCAUGGAGCAAAGAUUGUUGGAAUUUUUUUUUCCCCAGCAGUUCAAAUCUGGUGGCUAAACUCUCUCUUAAAUACAAGUGUCUGAGCUGAAGGAUGAAAAGGUAAUAUUAGAAAAACACUAGUCCUUAAAGUUUGCUUGUAGUGAAGAUAUUGUCAAAGGAAUACUUUCCCAGAUUCAGGAGGCCUCCUUAGACCAAUGUUUAUAUCACCCACAGUGUCCUAAGUUAAAACACAAGCAUUAGUUUUCCAUAAACCACCUUAGAGAAUGAAGCUUUUAAAAAGUAGCUUCUGUUAUGAAACUGAGGUUAAUAAAAUUCAAGAUGCACAUUUAAAAUUAAAUCUACUCACAGUAUUAUUUUAGAAAUUAUGGAUACAGUACAAGAGACCUUAUGGGUGAUACGGGUUUCUGCUUUAACAAAGUAGAAUGAACAGCCAUGUUUAUCUACUCCUUAUUCUCCCUCAUAUUCUUUAUC